CAGUUCAGGAGCACAGAGAUGUGAGAGGCUGGCACACUGCCUGGCUAAGCUGAGCCACCAGGCCUGUAGUCCUGGCCUGACUAGAGUGAUGGGACAGGGAUGGUUCUGGGGCUGUCCUCCAUGGAGCUGAAGGUAUGGGUGGAUGGCAUUCAGCGGGUGGUCUGUGGGGUCUCAGAGCAGACCACCUGCCAGGAAGUGGUCAUUGCAUUAGCCCAAGCCAUAGUUGACCUCUCCCCCCACUCCACAGGCCAGACAGGCCGCUUUGUGCUUGUGCAGCGUCUUAAGGAGAAGGAACGUCCGCUGUUGCCACAGGAGUGUCCAGUGGGUGCCCAGGCUACCUUCGGACAAUUUGCCAAUGAGGUCCAGUUUGUCCUGAGGCGGACAGGGCCCAGCCUGGCUGGGAGGCCCUCCUCAGACAGCUGUCCACCCCCAGAACGAUGCCCAGUUCGUGCCAGCCUGCCCCCAAAACCACGGGCAGCUCCGGGCCGUGAAUCCCACAGAGCACUGACCUUUAGCCUGGGGUGUCCCAGGUUGGUCCCCAGCCCCUCAUCCUCUGAGCCUCCAGCCCCUGUAGCAUCCAACCUAGGCUUCUUUGAAGACCUACAGGGCAUGGAACUCAGGGUGCAGAGGAACUCAGAGGAGCUGAGCCAUAAGGACUUCUGGGAGCAGGAGCUCAGGCGGGAAGAAGCCAGGGAGCGAGAGGGGCAGGCACGCCUGCAGGCACUGAGCGCAGCCACUGCAGAGCAUGCUGCCCGGCUGCAGUCUCUGGAUGCUCAGGCCCGUGCCCUGGAGGCUGAGCUGCUGAUGGCCACUGAGGCCCCUGGGCCCCCCUCUACCACGGCAUCUGCCACUGAGCGCCUGCGCCAAGACCUGGCCAUCCAGGAGCAGCAGAGUGCAGAGGUACAAGGCAGCCUGGCCCUGGUGAGCCGGGCUCUGGAGGCGGCUGAGCACACGCUGCAGGCUCAGGUACAAGAGCUGGAGGAGCUGAACCGGGAGCUGCGCCAGUGCAACCUGCAGCAGUUCAUCAUGCAGACAGGGUCUGCACUGCCACCACCCCCACAGCCAGACAGAGCCUCCCCUGGCACACAGGACAGCCUUCUGCUUUCAACUGAAGAAGACACCCUCCAGGAAGACCCCCAGAGGCCAAUCCCAGUACCCACCCUGAAUCUGGAGGUUACCACCAUGAGGCAAAGCUCCUGGAGGUAGCAGCUCCUGCCCCAGAGCAGUGCUGUGGAAGACACAUAAGCCAGGGCAAACAGGAAGGCUGCAAGGACAACAGGAGUCUGAUCACAGAAGAUUCCUUUCUCAUGCAGGGGGAGGCUCUGAUGCACAGAUCUGUGAUUGGGAGGGUUGCCCUAGUCCUUGCCAAGUCUGACAAGCUCCCUGGAGAAGCGAGAG